AUGAAGAAACAUCGGAAGCCCAUCGCCAGCAUUGAUGAGUGUUGUGUCUGCCACGAGACCUUGGACGCUACGGUAAAAGAUAUAUCUUUCUGCAUCGAGUGCGGACAAAACGUCCACGAAGUCUGCAUCGAAACUUGGAAACGCAAAUCCACUACCGGCGUUAACAAAGAUUCUGCACCGACAUGCCCGAUGUGUCGAGCUAGCUGGAAGAACGAUCCGCUGCUCAAUCAUUUAGACCUGAAGUCUGACCUGGAUCCUGAGGCUGUUCAGACUUAUCUAGACUGGAUUUACACCUCCACUCUGAGCAUACCUUCUCAGAUUGCCUAUAGCAAUGGUACUUUCAGUCUAGUGAUGCUCAAACUCUGGACUAUGGCCAACGCUGUUGAAGACCCGUCCUUCAAAGCCAAAGUCAUCAUUAUUUACUUUGCAGAAGCUCCUUUCAGCUGGACGGCUUUGGAUGACGUUAUGGAGUACGUUUUGGAGUGGGCUUUUGUAGAGCGAAAGUGUGACGAUGAGAUCCGAGAAUUCAUUAUCGACUUAAGGCGUGAGUGGGUCAAGCCCAGUUUCUUCAAGAAAGCCAGGAGGGAGGAUCUCGAAACAUUGAAGAAGGGGUGGAUGAAAAGGCUCAACAUAGAGAUGGACCCCCUACUUGACUCUUCACUUCAUAUUGCCCACUCAACAGUUGAGUUUACAUUCGCUAAAGACCUAAUCCACGCAAUUCCAGCAACGAAUAAAGGACCCCUGGAGAAGAUGGCCUAUGCCGAGAAGCGUGUCAGUGUUCGAAAGAAGAUUGCUAUCAAAUAUGGUCGCAAAAUUGUGCGCAUCGAGGUUGCAGAUCACGAAGAGUUCACCAUUCCUGAAGACCUCCUUUGCAAAAGAUCUAAAUUCUUCCAAAAGAACCUUCAGCCGAAGCGCAAACCUUUCGGUGUGGACACAGAAUGUCCCAUCUGCAAGGCAAAGCUUGAAUCCGGUAUCAACGAGCUCACCUUCUGCGCUAAUGGUUGCGGUCAUAAUUUUCACUACAAAUGUACGAAGCAGUGGAACACGGAGAAGCGUGAAACCAACCAACCAGUCAACUGCCCGUUCUGUCGCCAAGGCUGGCCCGGCGAUAGCAAGGAAAUCGCAGUACAUCAACACCAUGAUAUCAGCCCUGGACCAUUCUCGAUGCUUAUCGAAUGGUUGUAUCAUGGUCAUAUUGCUGUCAAAGACCUUUCCGACAACUCUGAUGACGAAGGGAUAGAUGAGACACCCGAACCCGACUUACACGAGUUGAUCGAAGCAUAUGUGCUAGGUCUCAAGCUCAAAAGCAGAAUGUUUUGUCGAGGUGUCCUAGAGGCGUUGCUAGAGAUUACUGAGGAAACUCGUAUCUAUCCCGACCAAUCCGACGUCCGUCUUGUCUACGAUAACACGACUAAAGGGGCAAUCAUAAGGCUCGUGUUGGUACGAAUGUACGCUCAAGCAGCACAAGGUCACUGGUUGAAGGAUGGGGAGAGCAUUGGAUAUUCUAGAAGGUUCCUUCGGGACUUGACAAUAGCUCUGCUCGAGAAGAGUCCUUGGGAAAGACGCUGGGACCUUGCUGAAAUGAAAGACAAAUAUGUCAUAGGGAAGAUGAUUGGGUAUGGAAGAAAGGACGGCGACGAACCGGAAGAGAUGAACAAUUUAUCAGAGGAACUGAGUUCAGAAUCGGAAUCAGGUGAAGACGAAGAAAUGCGGAGUUAA